AUGGAGGUUUUGACAAUUAUGCUAGUCCUUGUCUUGAGUCUCUUUUGUUGUUUCUGGUGGCGAUCUGCCACUUUGGGUGGGAAAAAAAACCUCCCACCAGGACCUCCAGGUUGGCCUAUUGUUGGCAACCUGGGUCAAGUCAUUCUUCAGAAACGUCAAUUUAUAUUUGUGGUACGUGACUUACGUGCCAAGUAUGGUCCGAUCUUCACCUUGAAGAUGGGACAACGAACCCUAAUUGUCGUCACAAGUUCUGACCUUAUCCAUGAAGCCUUGGUUCAAAAGGGAGCGAUUUUUGCAACUCGGCCACCCCACUCCCCUAUUCGUCUACUAUUUAGCGCUGAAAAAUGUGAGAUGAACUCGGCCAAUUAUGGCCCGUUUUGGCAGUCCCUCCGACGGAACUUUGUGUCAGAGUUGAUGAACCCUACACGUAUUCGACAAUGUAGUUGGAUUAGGAAAUGGGCGUCUGAAGAACAUUUGAAAAGGGUAGAAUCUGAAAAUUCACAACAUGGAUUUGUUGAGGUGAUGAGUAAUUGUAGGUUCACAAUUUGUAAGAUUUUGAUAUGUUUAUGUUUUGGUGCAAAAAUUUCGAAAGAAAAAAUCAAGAAUAUAGAGAGGAUACUUGAGGAUGUGGCAUUGCUCACCAUGCCAAAACUAGUGUAUUUCAUGCCGGUUCUUCUUCCACUUUUCCGUCAUCAAAUGGGGGCUGCAAAGGAGCUGAGGCGGAAGCAAAAAGAGUGUUUGGUGCCAUUGAUAAGAGCAAGAAGAGCAUUCCUAGAUAGUCACAUGAAAAACCCGAGUAUUGAUCAACAUGAUCACAAACCGGAUGGUUUGGAAAUGGUGAGCCCGGCUGGUGCUGCUUAUAUUGACUCGCUAUUUAGUCUUAAUCCAGACGGUCGGGGGCUAUUUAGUGAGGAGGAGCUUGUGACCCUGGUUUCAGAAGUUAUUACUGCCGGUACAGACACCAGUGCCACUACAGUUGAAUGGGGGAUGUUUCAUUUGGUAACGAAUCAAGAAAUCCAAGAAAAAGUCUACCAAGAAAUAGUAUCCAAAGUUGGUGUAGAUGGUGUGGUUCAAGAGAAUGAUAUAGAAGACAUGGUGUAUUUAACUGCAUUUGUUAAAGAAACCUUCAGGUGUCACCCACCAACCCAUUUCACACUCUCACACGCAGCUACUCGGCCAACGGAGCUUGAUGGAUAUACGAUUCCAUCUGAUGUGAACGUGGAGUUCUACACGGCUUGGGUGACAGAGGAUCCGGAGUUGUGGGAUGCCCCACAAGAGUUUAGACCAGAGAGAUUUUUGAACGGCGGUGAUGGGGCAGAUGUGGACGUUACUGGGAAGAUUGGAGCACUGAAGAUGCUACCAUUUGGUGCAGGCCGGAGAAUUUGUCCGGCCUGGAGUUUGGGUACGUUGCAUGUUAAGAUGUUGAUAGCCAGUAUGGUUCAUGCAUUUAAGUGGCUACCGGACCCGGGUAACCCGCCUGACCCGAGUGAGACCAUGGCUUUAACUGUGGUGAUGAAGAAUCCUCUCAAGGCGACCAUUUUGGCAAGGCACAAAACUUAA